CUUAACGUGGACCUUACGCGACUAGUUAUAGUUUGCUAACUAGGGUUGAGCUGUGACUCAAGGUUUGACAGACACUCCUUGGCGUGAUAAUCAUCCAUUAGACCUGUACCUGCUGAGAAACAUUCAUCAAUGGCGUCCACUGAGAGAGACCACCGGCCAAAGCCUAGUAGUCUGCGAUCCAUUAUCGCGGGCUCUACUGCCGGUGCCGUUGAGAUCGCUAUCACAUAUCCAGCCGAAUUUGCAAAAACCCGUACGCAACUUAACCGCAGACUCCCUGAUGCACAGAAACUACCAUGGCCACCCUUCGGUUCACAAUGGUAUGCAGGGUGCACAACCCUGAUCAUUGGAAAUUCUCUUAAAGCUGGAAUUCGUUUCGUUGCUUUUGACUGGCUGAAAUCACUUCUGCAAGACGAGGAUGGCAAGAUCUCGGGACCUCGGACAGUUGUCGCGGGCUUUGGCGCGGGCUUCACCGAGUCUCUACUGGCGGUCACCCCAUUCGAAAGUAUCAAAACGCAACUAAUCGAUGACCGAAAGUCGCAGAAACCCCGAAUGAGAGGGUUCUUGCAUGGAAGCAAGAUCAUUUAUCAAGAAAGAGGAUUCCGAGGGUUCUUCCAGGGGUUUGUUCCAACAACCGCGCGCCAGGCCGCCAACUCAGCGGUGCGGUUUUCGAGCUAUACAAUGUUAAAACAGAUGGCCCAAGGCUGGGUCGCGCCCGGAGAGAAGCUAGGGACCGUGAGCACCUUUGCCAUCGGGGGAAUAGCCGGCCUUAUCACAGUUUACGUCACGCAGCCUCUUGAUACGGUCAAGACCAGAAUGCAAUCACUGGAAGCCAGCAAAAAUUACAAGAACAGUUUCGUUUGCGCGGCACGGAUCUUUAAAGACGAGGGCAUUUUGACCUUUUGGUCGGGAGCCGUUCCACGACUAGCGAGGCUCAUCAUGAGCGGCGGCAUAGUAUUUACUAUGUACGAGAAGACAAUGGAGGCGUUGGACAUUUUCGACCCGGAGAGGCAUUAUAUCUGAGGCGAUCUGAAGCUGCAGGAUGUAUAUAUUUCAAUUGCCUAUGUGUGCACAAACAAGACCGAAGUGCAAUGGAAUAGAUGCUGAAUAUUUGCU